UGUUUCCUCAUCAUACUGCUGGAUGGUUGCUCAGAGGAUGAGGCAUUCCUUGGAGAAUUCUGUCCUUUCUGAGGACCCAGUCAGGAUGACGGCCCCCCUGAUGCCCCAGCAGUCCCUCCCCGAGUGGCUGGCCACUUUCUCUGCGUCGGGGCCAGAGGCCGGGCAGCAGUCUGGCCAUCUCCCAGCUUCGUUCUAUCCAGAAGGACCCCUCGAGUACAUCGAUUCCACAGCCGUGGCAGAUUCUCUCCUGGAGUUGGCUCGAUCUGUCACUUUGCCCCUGCCUCAUCCAGGAGGGGCCCAGGGAGUUUCCUUGGAGGUCUGUCCGCCCUCCUCACCACCUCGGUGGUUCCCGCCUGGCCAGGAGGUCACUCUGGGGCAGUUGCAUGUGGCUGUUUGGCCUCCCUCAGAAAAGCAAACGCAGCAGGAUGGCGAGCCUGGUGCUCGGGACAUUUCCCAGCCUCUGAAGAGAAGGAAGCUCGACUUGCCCAGGGACAGCCCUUCCCCGCUGAGGUCCCCUUUGUCCCAGAGCCCCCUGCCGCUCCUCGGGGCGUCACUCCUCCCAGAGUUGCUGACGGUGGACAGCAGUCAGCUGUAUGACCACGGGCUUGACCCCAGCCCCGCCACGGGCCAGCUGCUCAGUGUGGACUCGUGGUCAGCUUUCCCCACACUUGGCAUUGGCCCAGAGACCCACGCCAUUCCCCUUCCUCCUGUUUCUCCCGCUCUUUAUGAGGGGCUUCCUGGGAGGCCGUUGCCCGGGGAAGGAUUUUUGAUGGAUCUUGAAGGAGGCCUUGAGAACCUGCCGGACAGGUCAGGGUCCAGGCAGAGGAUUCAGACCCCGUCUGCCCUCGCUUCCUCAAGCUUCCCGGAGGAGUUUGUAGACGCCAGCAUUCCCAUCCCCAUUUUGGGCCAAGUGGGAGAAAGGAGCUGCCUCUCGGCUCAGUACUGGGCUCCUGGGCAGAUGCUACCCCCAGCAGAGCUGGGUUGUCUCCCUGAGGCAAGCUCCCUGCUUGAAACCGACUCUGCCCAGCCAUCGACUCUCAAGCCCCAAGAAGGAGCUGCGUUCUGGAGGACCUGGGCCCAAACGAAAAAUGAAGGCAUCCUGAAGAAAGCUGAAAAGGACCCUCAGGGAGUGGGAAGUAGGGAUGCUUCCUUGCCUCGGGUUCUGCCCAAUAGUCACCCAUGUUUGAUAAGGCACUUCUUUGUUUUUGGAGAAGGAAGAAAACCUGCCCUUUUCCAGGAAGAUGUCCUCUCCGUGCCAAUAGCUGAGCUUAACCAAGGCCUCUGCCUGAUGACCCAGGAGGCCAGGAGGCCGGAUGGCUCCAGUUACGAGGCUGAUGUGCUCUAUUACUUAUUCCUCUGCAUUCAGAAGUACAUGUUUGACAACAACCGCAUCGACAACAUCUUCACGGAUCUUUACUACCUGAAGUUUCUGGAAAGGCUUCACCAGGUGAUGAAAGGAUGGAGCCCUCGCGUCAGCCCCCUGGGGCGCGUCCUGUCCAGCUGCAUCAUGGAGCAGAUGCUGUGGGACUGCCGGCAGCUGGGCGCUCAUUCCCCAAGUACGCUCCUCUUCACCCUGAUGUACUUCAACACCAAGUACUUCAUCCUGAAGACGGUGGAGCAGCACUCGCAGCUGGCCUUCUCCAAAGUGCUCAAGCAAACCCGGAAGAACGCCGGUGUGGGCAAAGACAAGAGCCCGACAGUGAGAUUCCUCCGGCUCUAUGGACAGAUCCUGGGUGGCCUGAAAGAAGAGAUGUAUGGAGAACAGCUGGAGAACCCCGAGAACCCUCUGCAGUGCCCCAUCAAGCUCUACGACUUCUACCGCUUUAAAUGCCCGCAGAGCGCCAAAGGGCCCAGUGACGCCUUCUACUUGGUUCCGGAGCUUGUUGUGGCCCCCAACAGCCCCAUCUGGUACUCAGGUCAGCCGGUGGGCGUGGAGCUGAUGGAGCAGAUGCUUACCCGAAUCCUCAUGGUCCGGGAGGUCCAGGAGGCACAUGCUGCACCCCACGUGCCUGCUUCCCGGUGAGGGGUGCCCUGGCUGGAUACAUGGACAGACAGAUGCCCGCCCGCCCGCCCUCCCUCCCUCUACAGCUCAGCCCUGGCUGGAAAGGUCACUUGGGAGGAGCAUGGAACAGCCACUCUGCCCAGGGUGGGCCAGCCUGGAGCAGCUGCUCUCUUCAGUGGUUCCAUGAGAUUUUACUGGCUUAGCUGGAUAAGAACCAUUUUUGGGGCUUUUUCCUCUGUUUUGGGGGGGGCACUGGUACAUGAGUGCUUAGAAAUGAUGGUGGGCACUUAGGUGUUAGUCUGAGUGUAAAUUGUGGCAAGGGAGAGGUGGCUUGACUUGGUUCUACCCUGGAGGUUGGCUGGGCCCCAGGCAGCCAGAAAUGCUGUUGGAACCCACAGAAUCUUGGCGAUCAGGAUGAGGGCAGCUCUCAUGGGGGCCCUCCUCCCAUAGGUGUGGUGGGGCCUCUGAUGGUGGGCACAGACUGGUCCCUUUUGGCUCUGGGGCAGCAGCAGUGAAGGGAGAGGCCUGUCGGUACCACCCCUGCCUCAUGGGGGGGGCCACAGGACAGUGCCCGAGCUGGCAGGGAGCCCGCCACGGGCAGGACUGGUGCCUACAUUAGCUUCACUCAGGCCUUGACCCCUCAGGCAUGUCGCCAGGCUUCAGUUUACCAAGAGCUGAGAAUGCUGUACAACCUUACCUCAGACAGGCGCAGGAUGCUGGGCCUGGGGCAGCCUUCUCCCAUUGGCCGGCUUCUCUGGGUCCAGUCUUGCAGGGAGAUGGACGUAUUUUUAUAAAUGCCUCUUUGGGAGACAAAUCCCUUUAUAGGAGUCUGGCAAUACCAGGCUCUGCUCCUGCAAAUGGAAUCCUUUGAUUUGGAAAUAAAGUUUUUCUUUCAAUCA